UUUCCACGUACUAUCCAUGCAGCGCCAUGAGCUCAAAAGAUAACCUGGCCCUGGAUCUUGAGCACGGCGUGCGCCGAUGGGACCGCGCGCGCUGGAUUUCCGUCUUCAGCUCACAUAACCCGACUAUCCGCGAGGUCACCGAGUGCCUGGGCCUUGGCCUGUCGGCCUCGUCGUCGACCACCAACCGCGGCAUCCCCAAGUUCGACAACCCAGAUUAUCGCAAGCUGUCGAGCGAAGUCACCAAGCUGUCCAAGGAACUGCCAAAAGAACGAGAUGCAUUGCUCGAUUUUGCCGCGGACCCGCAUUCCCUGGACCAGGAGCUCGAGGACCUGCUAGCGAGUUACGGACCCGCUAUUUGGGGCAAGGAUACCGACCGCAGCUGCCUGUUGACGCCGGAUGCUACCAAGAAGACGUACAACAAAGAUUUGUUUUACGAGGAGCCCGAGCACAAGGACAUCCUCAAGAUACACCUGCAUCGAUGGAUCAUCAUCAAGGCCUGCUACUACAUUCGCAACAUGAAGCUAAAAAGACCUUCGGGUGCGAAUGAAUAUGACCAGCUCGCCGACAUGGACACUGAAGGCCUAUCACCGCACAGCACACCGCAGUCGCUUACUCCACCAGACAUGGACACCGCCACUGGAGCCGACCUGGAAGUCAAGCCAAUCAAUCUCAAGAAACGCAAAAGCAACGCCCAUCUGACCAUGUCGGACGACGAGGAGAUGCUGGACGCGACUCCUGUCAAGCGGCCCUACAGCACCAUGCCCAUCAGCCGCAAGGACAGCCCGAGGAAAUCACUCAAAUCACUCUACCCCGCCGUUUCGGGCAGUAUGGAGAACAUGCCGCCAAUGCCACUGCAUGUCCACCGUUUCUCUCCGGCACCAGGCACCGGGCCCGAAGUCAGCAGGCCGCAGCUUGCUCCUCUCUCAAACAACGAGCUCAAUGGUGCAUCUCGGCCACUUGCUAUUUCCCAGGGCCUGGCACCAGUGAGUUUUACAGCCGUCAACUCUGGAAGCUUUACUGCGGUCAACACUACAACGCCCGUCAAGGAGCCUCUCCGGGAUCCAGUGCGGGAAGCUUCGCGAGAAAACUCCAAGGAGCUCCCGCGGCCCUCGCCUGCAACCGGCCAUCGCCACAGCAAUAGCUACACGAGUCCGUAUGAGCCAUCUCCGCACAACUCUGCUCCUAACCGGCCUGCUACCGACCCUCCACGUUCUGUGCCGCCGGCGACGCCCAUUACUGCUUCUAGCAGCCACGUGUUCCAGCCUAUAACCUCAACGGCAUCUACUAAUGGAACCAGUGGGCACCCCAAGAAGGAAUCACCUGCACUCCAGCAUGUCCAGCACGCUCACAUCGCUCCGCAGCCACCGUCACAACCACCGUCACAACGACAAAGCCCGCAGUUGCACCACGUGCUACACCCCGGCCCGGCGCAACAUACCCAGCAUGGCCAGCUUCCAUCUCAUCCGCAUAUUCAGCCCCAACAGUCUUCAACUCGACCCCCGAGUCCAGCUAAUGCUUCAACACACCACUUUGGUCGGUCUCUUGCACCCCAUCCUCGCAGUAGAUCCAGUACACCCCAUGCGCAGGCCGCAUCUAAUAAGCCACCUACGGCACCUAAUACGCAGCCGGCGCCUGUAUCCUCUGUACAGACAGCAAGCGCUUACGGAAUACAACUGGUUCCCUCACAGGAACCGUCUUCAGCACUUACCCGGCAAGCGGUCCCCACAGCCGACCUCCGCCUUCUCCAAUGCGAAGUCACGGCCGGCCUGUUUACGUUCUUUUUCCCUCGCACUACAAUGCCUCCAGACGAGACAGCCCUUCUGCAGCGGCUCCAUGCGCUAUGGUUCCAUGGCGAGUCGCUGUUCCGCAGUGAGCUUGCAGGCCACUACGAGCUGGUUUCCAAGAUUCUGACUGCGUGGCUGCACGAACGCCAGGCCAUUUCAGCACUACGUCACUCAAUGGCAGCGAAUCCGGGCGUGUCACACGUGGGGCUUGUGGAUCGCCUGCUGGCGAUGAAUGAUCUUCGAGCCAUGCGACUCAAGUGGAAGAACAUGAGCCCGAUUGACGGCAUGAGCCCCGAAGAUCUGCUGUGCAUGGCGUUCAAGGCCAUGACCAACACCGAGGGCAGCGAAUACCUGUUCAAGGACGGCCUGGCACGGCUCGAGCUCGGCGUGUUUGAGUUUCUGCGCAACGAAGACAGUAAAAUUGUCAUGCAGAGACGAGAGACGCGAGCGGUGUAAGCUUGCCGGGAACCUUCUCAACGACUCUUUUCUUUUGGAUUCUCUUGCAUCUUUCUCACGUUGUACUAAUGCACUACUGUAGCGUGGGUGGCCCGUGUGGGUAUUCUCUUGGUUGGCGUUUUCCUUAGCGAUGGCGUUUUCGUCUCUUUUGUUCUUCAGAUACCCGCCUAGGGUUGGGAAAAGCCAGUGUUUUAGUUUUGUUCACGCCGCAUGUUUUAGUAGACUGAGAUAAGAGUUUUGUAAUAGGUCGGGGACAGGAGCCGCGCAACGGUCGCAGUAUAUGUGGCGGGUGGUAAUGGCUGGCUGGCUGGCGCGUGCAGGGGCGCAUACGUAUAGGGAGCAGGGCCGGUCUUUUUUGGGCGUAGGUAGGAUGCCGGAGUUUGUGCC